AUGGCUUUGCCGUAUGAAACGCGCCUCCUCCCGGCAGAUCUAUGGACUGUCAUUGGCGGCGUGCAGCUAGAGGGCAUCGAGCUGGAAGAAAGCUAUCAGAGUCUCAAGUUGGCUCUCGACCUCCGGCUGGACGCGGUACAAGCCGGAUUGAUGGAUGAGAAGCACUCACAGAUUGCUAACUCGUACAUGGGGCUCGGCACGGCAGCCGUAGGUAUUGGGCGUGUUCAAGAGGCCCUGGAACUCGGCGAGAAGUCUAUCUCGCAACGGGCGGGCCGCCCCAAUGAGCAGAUUCAGAUGUUUGCUAUGUCCUACCACAACGUCGCGCUUGCGGCCCUGCACGAUGGCCAGCUUGACAAAGCUGAUGCGUUCAUCAAAAAGUCGAUUGAGCUUACCUCGGUAACAUCGCAAAGCAUGACUCCUGAGCAAAAAUUGGAAAUGGACGCUCGAAAUAUUUACUGCCAAGGCAACGUUUUCUGGGCACGAGGUAUGAAAGCAGAAGCGCGGGAGCACCACCACCGAGCGCUAGAAGUUCGGAUUCGCACAUUUGACGAAGUCCACCCUUAUACCGCCUGCGCGUACUGGAAGCUUGGAAGGAUCUGGGAGGACACCCACACCUUUCAACGUUCCAUCCUCAUGGUAAAAUGCCGUCGGUCUUUGCAGCAUUGA